CCAUCUGCCAAUACACCAAAGGAAGAAAAAGGCAAAAGUUUCGCAGCGUUUGAAUAAAGCCUGAGGUUCCGAGUGCCGUCGCUGUCCUCGUUUUGCUCCCCAGCGUGAAAAUGUUGAAGGAUUUGGUACGCGAGCGAAUGAUUGCGGCAGCCGACGAAAUCUUCGCACUGUUUGAAAGAACCAUUGCGUCGUACGAGGAGCAACUUUGUCGAGCCAGAGAUGAAACCGAGCGGCACCGACGACGACUGGAAGCUGUUUGCAAGACUCAAAUUGUCGUACGACUCGAAGACGUCCAGCAGCUGAUUGGUUGUAAGGAGGCAGAGUUGGGGGGCUCCAGUUCCGAGCAGAGGAUUUCUCCGCCCGCCUUUGUUAAAGAGGAAGGUGCCGAUCUGCUCUCCGGCCACGUUGAAGAGGAAGAGCGUGAGGUGCCCGUUGACGCGAAGGAGGAGAGGGUGUUGGUUAACGUCAGCAAUUUGCCACCGACUCGCACCCGCGCGGGCCGUGAAGCUGAUGAAGACGAGCCACCCGAGCGGUCACAUCUCCCUGAUCACAAUCCAACCGGAGAGCAGUGUGAAGGACCACCACCAGACCACCUCGAAGUGCCAAAGAGCGACGAGCAGCGUGAAGACUUUGGGCAGCAGGCGGGCCACGGGGGAGAACACGAUCCACGUUCCCCCCAUGAUGAAGAGGAACGGGAGAUUCCAGUUCCUCCCCGGCCUCAGGACAAAAACGGGCCGCUCGGCGUCAGCAAGUCGCCGCGGAAAAGCGUCUUUACUGGGAGCGAAGACGGCGCCGAACCGCCCCGCCGCCGGCGGUGUCGCCGCUGCGUAGACCGGCCCGAAGGCUCGCCGGCAGAAAAGCUCCCCGCUCCUCCGCCAGGCAGCGCCAACCGAGACGUCGCCAACAAACGGGUGAAGAGCUCUAAAGACGAGACGACUCGUGGCGACGAGGAAACUCCCAGCGCGCGUGAAAAACGUUUGCCCUGCUCGGUUUGCGGCAAAUCGUUUCGCAGUCAAUAUCUGAUUGUUCAUAUGCGAAUGCACACGGGAGAAAAACCCUUCGGUUGCUCACUUUGCACCGAACGGUUUCCCAGCAAGGCGCAGUUGAGCCAACACAUGCUAGCACACACGGGCGAAAGCCCUUAUUGUUGCUCAACCUGCGGCAAGAAGCUCAAGCACAAGUCGACCCUGCUGGCGCAUUUGAAAAUUCACAAAGGCCAAAAGCCUUUUAGUUGCGCCGUUUGCGCCAAAAGCUUCGCGAAAAAGUCCGGCAUGUUGAGCCACAUGAAAACGCACGCCGGCGAGAAAAGCUUGCCGUGCCCCGUUUGCGGCGUCGUCUUCACCAAAAAAUGGGAACUGGCCAAACACGCGAGAACGCACCGGCAGAAAAAGAUCUUGAGCUGCACGCGUUGCGGCAGACAGUUCGCCGACCUGUCCGAUAAGAUCCGACACUUGAUCGUCCACACGGGACAAAAUGAUUGUCUCGCUUCUUCGAGCUAAAGAGAUUGCAAAGCCGCCAGACUCGCUCGCGCGGGAAAAUAUUUCGAGCGGAUACGAAAUGUUAAAGUUAAACGUUAACGUAGCCGUUUCUUGGCACGAGGUGGACUGUCGCGGCGAACGAUUUUCAUUUGAUUGAUCUACGUCGACGUCCCGUAGAUGACGGCGUCCAAACGAAGGAGGACGGUAUUGACGGUGGGAGAGCGAGUCAAACUCAUCCGGUUAAGCCAAGCGGGAUUCAAAGUCAGCGAGAUUCAGGAGACGAUCCGAGUGGGAAAGACUCAAAUCUACGAGACCUUGAGAAACA